ACGCACAGGGGGGGGUGGGGGACACGAAUUUCCAACGAGGGACUGUACACAAGCAUCCGGAGGACCAGCUACUGUAGUUUGCGAAGCAAUCUUUUGUCACCCGCCGCUGGGAGACCCCCGAUCAAACAUAGCCAUGGACAACCAUUCGUACAACUUCCCUUCCGACUGCACCCCACUCACCAACUGCAAGUCUGCCCGCAAACCGGCUGGGUCCACCGUGGUGAACAUGGGCAACACUGGCAAGAAUCCUCCGCGGGACUAUCUGGUCUGGUCGCUGUGCAACACCUUGUACGUCAACUUCUGCUGCCUGGGAUUCAUGGCUCUCGUCUACUCCAUCAAGGCCCGGGACCAGAAGACUCAGGGGAACCUGCAGCUGGCCCAGGAGUGCUCAGACAAGGCCAAGUGGUACAACAUCCUGGCAGGCGGCUGGAACCUGCUGAUCCCGCUGCUGGCCGUCGUCCUGCUCGUCCUCCUGCUCGUCCACCUGGGCUCGUCCCAGGGCUCGUUCGACUUCCUCGGAGACGACGGCCUCAAAAACUUCAUGAAACUCUUCAGCUGGUAGAUUGAAGGGGGGUGUGGUGAGAGAGAAAAGGGGAAAAGAACAACAACCCACACACAUCGGUCUCCAAGUCAACCCGAUCACACUCACCAUCAGGGUCAGGGCAUUUGAUUAGGUUCAGCACGUGAGGUCUGACAUGAUGAUUUUAGUCAGGCCAAAGCCAAGUGAUACAUGUCCAGGUGCUCCUUCUUCAUCAAAGCCUGUCUUGGGCUUUCUUAAAAUCUGAUCUGCAUUUAAAUAAUCCUAAUUGUAUAAGGAAAGACAAUAUUUGGGUUGUGUGUAACAAGAAUAUUCUCCUAGGGAUGCACCAAUACUGAUGUUUGUAUCAAAUAUACUGUAUAUACGGUAUCAAUAUAAAAGUAAAAAGCGAAAUUUGACCGGCCAUAUAAAAAAAAAAGACAAUGAAUAAAACAUAACACCUAAGGGCCGGUGUUUUAAAAAAAAAAAGAAGAGUUUACCACUCGUGGUUUGGCAUUUCUCAUCAUUUGUAUUUUGAUGGGAAAUAAACAUCAGUAUCUUUGCAUCCCUAAUUAUGAUGUCAGUAUUAAAGAGUGUUUUACCUGCCAGUCCCCCAGAAAUGGUCAGUCGAGAUAUGAAGUUCGCGAGAGAUUUGCAGACGCCUGAAAACAGAAAGUAAGGGACUAAAUGGAGAACGAGAGAGAGCAAGAGUUGAAUCCAGGCGGGGAGAUUGAGCGAGCGGCCACUCUGGGUCAGUUUUGUUGUUAUUUAUUGUAUUUAUGACGGAUUGGAAAUUCGCGAUGACAGCCGAAGUUCCCUCUAGUCAGCAUAGAGAGGAGAGAGAGAGAGAGAGAGCAGAGAGAUCAGAGGACUGUGGAGCUGAGAUCUGAAUGCCGCCGAUGAUGAGAAGCCACUUUACGAAGGACGAUCAACAUUCACCUCUCAUUGAUAGUCCUGUUUUUUUUUGUCUUUCGUCCAUUUUUAAAAUUGUAUUCCUGUUACAGCAUAGGCUACAUAUUUGAUGUCAUUAUUAUUAUUCAUGUAUCUUAUUAGUACUUUUGGUUUCACAUCAUCUCCUCACCGACUUUCUUGUGAGUGGGCUAAAUAAAACAAAUUCUGUUAACUCAGUAUUGGGAGAAAAAACAA